AUGCCCUCCAUCACUGGGGUUUUAUUUACCCUAACUAUUCUGAUACUGGGUAUUGUAUAUCAGGUCUACUUGUCUCCCUUGUUGACGCUUGGUGGACAUUACCGGACAGUCCAGCCCCUGAACACUGAGCAUUGCACUGCUAUUGAGGAACUCAAAGCAUGUGAAAAGCUCGUUAUACACCCAUCCGGCGUUAUCUAUUUAGCAUGUGCAUCCUCACCAGAAUCUCGUCUAUCCUGGAUGCCAGCAAUAGAGAAUCUUGAUAGUACCCGCAUGAAAAGGGGCCCUUCACAAGAUUAUGUCGCGGUGUACGAUACUCGGUCACGCAAAGUAACCAAGCUCUCUAUAAUAGGAUUCGCGGACUCACGACAACUCAAUGCGCACGGUAUGGACGUUGUUCCCGACGAACAUAACCCGGAUAUACUCUGGGUUUAUCUCGUAAACCAUCGCCCUCCUCUUCCUGAGUUGAGUCAAGUCGGCGCCGACUCGGUGAUUGAGGUUUUCAAAACUCAGCUCGGUUUUAGUCACAUGGAAUGGGUGCGGACCUUUGCCCAUCCGAGCAUUAUUGUAACACCCAACGAUAUUGUGGGCGGGUCUAAUGGGAAAGAGGCUUGGUUUACGAAUGAUUAUCCCGUAAAACAAGGGCUUAAACGAAAAUUGCACGCGUACUUCCGGAUUGGAUCUACGUGGGUCGGAUAUUGCCAUGCAGACACUGGGUGCAAGAUUGCUGCAGACGAACUCUAUACGAGUAAUGGCAUUACUCGGACUCCCGAUGGGAAUAUUUGGGUCGGAAGCAUUAUGGGUGGAUAUGUGACGGUCUACGAACCGCAAGCAGAUAACACACUGGUACAGACAGAUAUCAUAAAACUUGAUUCGUUUAUCGAUAAUUUGACUGCCGCGCCCGAUGGUUCGGUCAUCGCUACAACUUUCCCGAGAGCUGAUGUAGCGAUAAAAUCCUUCAGGGAUAUGAAGCUCAAGGCGCCUUCUUCGGCACAUCGCAUCUCCAUUAACACAGGGGAGGGAUCAUACUACGGAGAUAAAUAUAAAGUUCAAAAGAUUUAUGAGGAUGAUGGAGCCUUACGUUCAUCUGCCACUACAGCUGCAAUUUAUGAUGGGCAUAUUUACUUGACUGGCCUAUUAUCCGAGAGACUUCAGAUUUGCAAAAUUCCGUCUGAAAUAUUUCGGCAAGCAGAAGCUCGAACUCAAACUGAUACACUGAACCCGAACGGGCACAGCGUAGACGAUUCAUAUUAA